AUGAUGCUAGAGCGACAUUUGAGUGGUAUGCUGAAUUGUGUCGUCAACUACCUGGAGAAAGCUUAUGGAGAUAUAGUUUAUAACUUUCGUUAUAUGAGGGACAAGGAGCGGUUGAGUCUCUUUCCAGAUCCUUCAAGACACGCUAUCCACUUCUCGUCUUUUGCUGCAGAGGGAAAUCAGUACGUACCUUUUCUCAAAAAACAGCUGCUUGCCCGUGGAGUGACUUUUGUAAAGAGGAAGAUCAAUAACGUUGAGGAGCUCGCUGACGAGGGUUAUGCUGUUGUUGUGAAUUGCGCGGGAUUGAAUGCUGGUGAACUGGCUGGGGACGACAAUUCAGUGUAUCCUAUUCGUGGUGUUGUCUUUCAGGUGAUUUCCACAUGA